AUGCCUUUCGAAACGCAGGAGCCCUGGAAAAGACAGUUCUACAGUAGCACCGAGUGCCCCAAGCAUGUAGUCAUUCCUUUGAAAGACUACAACGCGUAUCGCCUGAAUCCAGCGCACAGAUGGGUGUACAACAAGUUAGAGAUCGCAGAGAAGCAGGGAAUGGUGUGUGCACCACAUGGAGUGGCACCUGGCAAAUUUCCUAUCUUCAGCAAGCCGAUUUACAACAUCAGAAACCUUGGAUCAGGAGCCAGAGUCCUUGAAGACAUGGAAGACUAUCAUGAGCACUGCUCGUCAGGGCAUAUGUGGUCAGAGCUUCUUCAAGGUGACCACAUCAGCACUGAUUUGGCGGUUCUCAACGGCAAAGUGGUCUGGCUGUCUCACACGCUGGGCAUUCCGUCUGGCGGGGGCACGUUCGAUAGAUGGGAAGUCAAUGUCACUGUAUCGCAGCAGGACGAGAGCGCACUCGUGGAUUUUGUAGAGCUACACUUGUCAGACUACACAGGUAUGCUCAACGCCGAGAUGAUUGGUGGACGGAUUAUCGAGAUGCACCUGCGCUUCUCCAACCAAUGGCCCGACCUAUAUCCGCGCGGGUUUCUGGAUGCCGUGGUUGGGUUAUAUCAAGGGAAAUGGUGUCCGACUGACGAAAUGGUGAGGAAUGACACUCAAGGAUUCAGCGUUGUCUUGUUUGGCACCCCCAAAGCAGAGUCGUUUGCAAAGCCCGAGAAGUCGCUCGUCGAGGCCAUUCGCUCUAGUCGCUCCCUGUACAGCGUGCAAAUGCCCUUCACUGAGGGCGUACCAGCUCGACACCACUCUCACCCUCCGGGGGGUUAUCAGCUUGCAACUUUCAAUGGCCCCGACCUACAUCAGUGCCUGAGGGCGCGAGAAGAUUUCAAAAAGUUAUUUAGUGCCGUGAACAGUUGGUCCAGUACUACAGCAAAUCGCAUCUAA